AUGCAGGGAUACAUUGAGAUGGUAGUCACAUUGGGGUAUUACUACCGUGAACCAGAUCGAUUUGCCACAACAUCCCAAAACUCUCAUAGAAAAAAUUACCGUCCUUUACAUCAAGACAAAGUAAAGACCCUGGCCUCUAUUAUCACACCAACUUUAUGCCCAUCAACACUUUCAUCAAAAUUCAGGGUUACUGUUCUUUUGUUUGGUUUACCUGGGUGUGGGAAGAGGACUGUUGUGAAGCAUGUUGCUUCUCAACUUGGGCUGCAUGUGGUUGAGUAUAGUUGUCAUGAUUUACUUGCAUCUUCAGAGAUGAAGGGUUCUUCCAUGUUGGCUCAAGCUUUCAGUGCAGCUCGUAGAUAUGCACCAACUAUUCUUCUGCUGCACCAUUUUGAUGCUUUCAACAAAUUGAGCUCUAAUGAUGGUUCACAAAAUGAUCAAGUUGGUAUGAAUUCUGAAGUUGCAUAUGUCAUUAGGGAAUUCACCGAGCCAUUUAGACAAGAUGAUGAUUAUGAAGAUGAAGAAGAAGAAGCAGAGGUUGAUGUUUUAAGAUGAUGAUUUCUUCCAUAAAAAUAUGUCAAUUAUCCAUUGGUUGCUCACUGUUUUACUCUCAUUAUGCAGCAUAUGAACACGAUUAAUACCCAUCCUGUGCUGCUAGUUGUAGCUGCUGAUAACUCUGAAGGGUUGCCACCUACAAUUAGGCGUUGUUUCAGCCAUGAAAUGAAAAUCGGAGGUUUGACCGAAGACCAGAGAGUGGAAAUGCUAUCCCAAUCACUUCACCUUAUCCCUGAAUU